CCGACGCCGCCCACGCUGCAGGGACAGCUCCUGAGUGCCCAGAGGACCUCCGACUUGUACGACACGUCCGAGGAUGAGGCCGAGCUGCAGGGACUCUCGGGAUCGUCUGCAGAAGUCUCGCCGUGUGUGUCUCCAGCGCCGCCCAAGAUCGUCGACUUUGUACCCAAGAAAAUACAGUUUGUUCAGGCCGAUGCACAGGGCGAUUGCAACCUACGACCGGAAGGAGGAUCGUCUAAUGCACCAGCGAUCGUGGUUUCGGAUCCCGAUGCGACGGAAGCCAUUCUUGGGGGAAAAUCAGAGGGGUCGAGCGGCACUCUCAAGAUGGCGACGCAGAGACCCAAGUCGCCCCGUCCUUCUCCCAGGAAAGAAGAGGCAAAUGAGUCCUUCUGGGACAAGUUCGGGACUCUAGGACGCAAGAAGAAGAUCAAGGAAGUCCAAGAAGUACAAACAGAGGGGAAAUAUGCCAUCGACUCACCUGGCGCACCUAUGUCAGUCGACAUCCCUCCUGAUGAUUACAACUUGGAUGAUAACGAGGAGAGGUCAAUGAUUGAACCACGGUCGUAUGAGGACCCCAAGCUGAAGGAACUCAUUGGUAUCCUCAUUGAGUGGAUUAACGACGAGCUCGCCAAUGACCGCAUCAUUGUCAAGCACAUCGAGGAGGACCUGUACGAUGGGAUGGUCUUCCACAAACUCAUUGAGAAGCUAACAAACAACACCCUAGAUGUACAGGAAGUGACUCAAAGUGAGGAAGGCCAGAAGCAGAAAUUGCGUAUUGUCCUCAAUGCUGCCAACCAUAUCUUGGGUCUCAGUCGCUAUGGCCCUCACAAGUGGUCAGUCGAGUCCAUCCACUCCAAAAAUAUUGUUGCAAUUCUUCACCUCCUUGUGGCAUUAGCCCGCCACUUCCGUGCCCCCAUCAGGCUGCCUGAAAAUUGUAUUAUCAAUGUUGUUAUUGUGCAAAAACGCGAUGGGCAGCUCAAUCACCGGAUUGUGGCAGAAGAGCUGACAGGUACAUACGACGACUUAGGUCUCAGAUGCGAGAGAGAUGCUUUCGACACCUUGUUCGAUCAUGCACCUGACAAGCUUGCUGUUGUCAAGAGGUCCCUCGUAACCUUUGUCAACAAGCAGCUGAAUAAAAUCAACCUCGAAGUGAGCGACAUUGAGACGGAAUUCAAUGAUGGUGUUUACCUGUGCCUCCUCAUGGGCCUUCUCGAGGGGUACUUUGUCCCAUUGCACCACUUCUUCCUGACACCCAAGACAUUUGAUGAGAAGCUGCACAAUGUCUCUCAGUCAUUUGAAUUGAUGAUGGAUGCAGGUCUGGCUAAGCCGAAAGCAAGACCUGAGGACAUCGUGAAUGCUGAUCUCAAGUCCACUCUCCGUGUUCUUUACAACCUGUUCACACGCUACAAGAAUACAAACUAAGAAUAAGACGCACAAGUCCUAUCCAAAUCACCAGCUGAAAC